CAUUAAUUCCAUUAUUUUAUCCACUGUCGCGUUUACAUUUCCAUCAAAAUCAACGCACUACCAUCGAAUUUCAUCAUGAGUCCUAGCGCGCUUAAUGGCGAGGCCGCCGUUGGGCCCGAGGGACCCCGACAAAAGAGCAGAUCUACCAUCGAUACGAUACGCGUGGGUUGCAUCGCGAUGGUCGAGAAAGAUGGACAAGCUCGUCGCGCCGAAAUCCUCAGUAUAAGAGAUACCAAAAGCGGCCGCCAAUUCUACUGCAACUUUGACAACUUCAACAAACGUCUCGAUGAAUGGGUACCAGUUAAGCGAAUCGAUUUCGACCAAGACGUAGAGUGGCCGAAUCCCGAAAAAGAUAAACCUAAAGAUGGAAAGGGCAAGAACUCCACGGCACCCAAGAGGAAGGUUAUUGGGAACAAGGCGCAAAAGCGGCCGGGAAAGAGGGAACAGUCUGUUGCUUCUGAGGCUGUUACGCCCCAUCCGUGGCCUGAUUUUACUGAUAGUCAACCACAAUCGAAAGCGCCUUCCACGCCGAGAGAUCUCGAAUCGAAGGCCGGAGAGACGCCCGCUGCUAACGGCGAUGAGAUGGACGUGGAUGAAGAUGAAUCAACACUUGAAGUUAAGAAAGAGGGUGGCUUUAGUCGAGAGGCGGAGAUCGAGAAGCUACGAACAGGUGGUUCCAUGACCCAAAAUCCUACCGAACUCGCUCGAAUCCGAAAUAUUUCCAAGGUCCAAUUCGGCCAAUGGGAAUUAUUUCCUUGGUAUUUCUCGCCAUAUCCAGAGGCUUUCACCCAGGAAGACGUCAUUUUCAUAUGCGAGUUUUGUCUCAGUUACUACGGCGACAAGAAAUCAUUUUGUCGACAUCGAUCAAAGUGCACCCUUCAACAUCCUCCCGGAAACGAGAUAUAUCGGGACGACUAUGUAUCGUUCUUCGAGAUUGACGGUCGACGGCAACGCACCUGGUGUCGAAAUCUAUGUCUAAUAUCCAAGAUGUUCUUGGACCACAAGACCCUCUACUAUGACGUGGAUCCCUUCUUAUUCUAUGUGAUGACUCAGAAAACCGAGAAAGGACACCACCUCGUAGGCUACUUUUCCAAAGAGAAAGAAAGCGCCGACGGAUACAACGUCGCUUGUAUUCUCACAUUACCUCAGUAUCAGCGAAAGGGUUUCGGUAGAUUGCUAAUACAAUUCUCAUACGAGCUUUCCAAAAUAGAGGGCAAACUAGGAUCUCCAGAAAAACCACUAUCCGAUCUGGGUCUUCUUAGUUACAGGCAGUACUGGUCCGAGAAUAUUCUCGAACUAUUACUAGAAUGCAAUGAGAGGGACGAGAAGUCGAGCAUCGAGCAGAUCUCAAGCACCUUGGCUAUGACCACGCAGGACGUCGAGCAUACCCUCCAAGCUCUCAAGAUGCAAGUGUAUCAUAAAGGAGAGCAUAAACUCGUCAUACCGGAGUCGCUGAUAAAGCAGCGCGAGAAGACUAAGCUGAAACAAAAAAGGUUCAUCGCGCCCGAACGCAUACAGUGGAAACCUCCGGUAUUUACGGCCUCGUCGCGUACUUGGGGUUGGUAGGGCGUUUGGUUGGUCUUGUCAUUAGGAUGGCGUCGGAAAGGAAGCAUUGAAAUUAGAUACCCAUAUGCC